AUGGUGCGCGUACAGUGGUAUGUAAGUACUGACGGCGACAAGGCCAUCGAGCAUGGGCGGCAAAAGGCAGGACUGGACAGAGGUCCGAACAGCGAUGAGCUAUUGGAUGGCAUGCAUCCGUCUGACUGCCUGUGCGCCAUAUUGGACGUGCAGAAGAAACGUGAUUGGGCGAGCGCACCCCAGACAGCGCCAACGCGCCAAAAUGUAAUCGUGGGUAGAUUUGCGCGUACGUUUGUUUGCCAUGUUACUCGACUCGACUCGACUCGACUCCACCACGACCGGCCAAAGACGCUGGCUCGAGUGCUGGCUCGGUGGGCAGCAGCUUGGCGGGAGCUUGGAAGCAAUAUUGGCCUAGGGGCUCAGGAUGCUAUUUCGGGCGUGGAACUCGCAUUGGCGUGUGCCAGAGGCCGAGUGGAGCACAAGGGGGUGCGGGACUGUGGCUGCCAUAGCUCAGAAGCCAUGGCCAAACCCGGCGAGCGGACUGGCGCGGAAGGGAAACAAAUCGCCAGUUGA